UUUGUUCCAUCAAAAGGUUAUAGAAGGAAACUUGUAGCUGCGGUUAGGUUUCUUGCGCAUCUCGUGAACCAGCGUGUAGCUGGAGAGACUGUUGCACUCGAGCUUCUCCACAUGCUUCUUGGUGAGCCUAGUGGAGACACCGUUGAGGUUGCUGUUGCGUUUGUUAAAGAGUGUGGAGCCACGCUUCUUGAGGUGUCUCCAAGAGUUUUCGACAUCUUUAGAGGGAUUCUUCAAGAAGGUGACUUGGAGUACACGUCUAAGUGUUUGGUUGAGUCUUUGGUUAGUAUCAACUUUGAGAAUCACAAAGCCAUUCGUCCUGAGUUAGAUUUACUUGACGAGAAAGUAACGCAUAUAAUCUCUCUUUUUGAUGAAAUCGAUCCUGAGACUUCCUUAGACGUCUUCAAACCCGACCCUGAGUUCCACCAAAACGAGAGGAAGUACGAGCAGCUCAAAAGGAAGAUACUUGGGGAAGAAGAAGAUCAUACAGAAACUGAUCUUGUCAGUCUUAGGAGGAAAAUCUACCAAACAAUCACGUCAAGUCUUAACUACGAGGACGCAGGGCACAAACUACUCCAACUACUCAGAAUCAAACCAGGUCAAGAGAUGGAGCUAUGUGUUAUGAUCUUGGAAUGUUGCACUGAGGAGAUAACUUACCGUUCCUUCUAUGGUCACUUAGCACACAGGUUCUGCCUCAAAAGCAAAGCUUACAUAGAAUGUUUCAAGAAUCUGUUUGUGCAGCAAUAUGUUACACUUCAUCGCCUUGAGACCAAUAAGCUGAGGAUUGUAGCCAUGUUCUUUGCUCAUGUCCUAGCCGCAGAUGCUCUUCCGUGGGAAGUUCUUGGUAAUAUUAGGUUAACAGAGGAAGACACGACUACGUUCUCUCGUAUCUUUGUGAAGAUUCUUUUUCAAGAACUCUCUGAGAAGUUGGGGGUGGGUUUGGAUGAAAAGCUUCAGGAUCCAGCCAUGGAGGAGACUUUUGAGCCAAUCUUCCCAAAGGACCAUCCCAAGAACAUGAGGUUCUCCAUGAAAUUCUUCACCUUUAUUGGCCUUGGAGGCAUCACUGGAAAACUCAGGCAGCUUUUGCAAGCUCUCUAUUAAGUUGUAUACAUUACAGACUUUUAUUUGGCUUUUUGUGUGUUGGAUUUAGUCUUAAGAACUAUUAUAACUUUUUUCAUUGUGAAUCUACUAAUGGCUUUGAUAUGGCCUAUUUAAUCUACAAGUUGAAACUAGAGGAAGAACAACAAAAGCUUGCCAGCUUAGAAACAUUGUCAACAGAGUAAAGAGAGAUCUUAAUUACCAAUAGUGUGCCAGAAACUGGUUAGAGAGAUAUUAAAUUACAAAUAUUGGCCCCGUUGACAUCAUCACCAUGUUUCAACUUUUUCAUACCAUACUCUAAUCAUUUAGUAAUGACAAGAAGUUGUGAUUUAAAAUAUUUGACAAUGAAGUUGAAAAAUAAAGAUUAAAAGGGUCUUGUUCUGAAUUAUAUUAUCAUAUAAAGAGACUCAAACAAGAAACUAAAAAAAAACUAUUUUUCAAAAAACUUCAUUCCACUGAAAUACAAGUGACUCAUGAUGGUCACAUAUUGGCAGAGACAGACCAAACACACAAA